GUAGACAUUAUUAAUGAAAUGCUAAAAAUAUAAUUUGAACAAUGCUUUACACUCAUUGGAUAUGCGUGAAUAAUUUAAAGAAAAAUAAUUAUCAAAAUGAUGAAAAAAUUUGUAACUUCGCUUCGAAUCCGCAGCCAACUUCAGACGAUACUCGUUCAAAAAUGUGUAAAUAGAAUACGCGCCAAAACUCAGCUGACUGACAAAUGUGCGGUAACAGCCGGUUGUUUCACAACAAAUGCAUUUAGGAGAAAUAGAAAAUGAAGACGAUACCAGCGCUUAGCAAAGAAAUUGCGGCCAUAUUCAAACUGAAUGGGUUCCUUACGCGGUCUGAAGUGCGAACGUUUUUGGCCGAACAACUGCAACCGUUGGGCAAUGAAGAGCAGAAAGAGUGGCUGAGCAAUAUCACAUCACAUAUUCAGACACAGGGGCUGCCAACACCGAAUGUCGAAAUUCAACACAUUGAAUUAGCCAUUAAGGAAAACUGCAACGCUGGUCUUGAGGAUGGUGAAACCAUUUUCGCCGUCAUAAAUGCGUUUGACAUUCCGAAGUACAAGUAUGACAUUGAGCGAAAAAAGUAUUUCCUUGAAGAUAAACCCCGAAAUCUCUUACCGUCGGCCGGUGCUCGUGCUGAAUUUCUAGUGGAUCGCUAUACAAUGCUUUGGCAGCGAACGUGUCGACACGAACUAUUUGCCGCAUCGAUUCCCGGCAUAACAACCGACGUGAAAAAGUUUCAACUCCGUAAAAUCGAAACUCUGCUCGCCUCAAGCAAUGUCAAAGAGGUCGUAGUGCUUGGAAUACUGGCGCAGCUCAAAGAGAAUAAAUUUCAUAUCGAAGAUCCAACUGGUGCCGUUCCGAUCGACUUGACUGGCGUGCAGUUUCAUAGUGGAUUUUUCUGUGAAGGAUGUUUUGUGUUGAUCGAAGGGAAUUUUGUAGAUGGCAUUUUGAAAGCAUCUGGAAUGGGUUUUCCACCAUUCGAAGAGGCAUCCAGUAGCCGUGCAUAUUUUGGAUCGCUAAACACAUGGGGUGGUCGCUCAAAAGUAUUGCUCAAAAAUUCGACCCGUUUGCUGGAGAUCGAAAAAGCCAACACAGAUGCAACCAUCGUAUUUCUGGCUGACUGUUGGCUGGACGAUCCAACAGUUGUACAAAAGUUACAAACACUUUUGGUGGGCUACAAUGAAAUGCCACCGGUGGCGAUUGUGCUAAUGGGUCCAUUCAUUCGCAACUUGUCCAGCCCGAUGCAACUCAAGGCACGUUUGAAGCUUCUGGGUGAGAUGAUUGCAAAUAAUUGCGCGACACUGACAAAGGAGACCGAUUUGGUAUUGGUCCCAGCACCAGACGAUCCUAUCGCCCCUGUCAUAUUGCCACGAAUCGGUUUACCCGAAAGCUUAUGCGCUGGACUCAAACGAUUAGUACCACGAACAAUACUUGCUACGAAUCCCUGUCGUUUGCAGUAUUGCACACAACAAAUCGUCGUCUGCCGCGCUGAUUUGGUCACGAAACUCUGCCGAAACACAAUCAAUUUCCCAGACACUGGCAAACUGGAAGAUCAUUUUGCCCGUACGUUGAUUUGCCAAGGAACGUUGGCGCCGCUCAGUCAAAACACUAUGCCAAUUUAUUGGAACAUGGAUGCUUCGCUUGCGUUGUACCCAUUGCCUGACUUGGUUGUCGUUGGUGAUCCAAGCAAGCCAUUCGAAAUACAACAUCAUGGUUGCACAGUUGUCAAUACGGGCUCAUUCCCGAAAUCAAAGUUCACCUUCAAAGUGUAUGUCCCGUCGUCAAAAGUUAUUGAAGACUCUCAAAUUCCAGAUGAUGACUAAACACCACCUAGUUUAAGUGACAUAUUAAUAUAAUUGACAUACUGUCUUAUUUUUAAGUUUUUAUAGUUGAAACUAAAUUCAAUCAUUUUUAAUCAUUACAAUGUUUUAUUUCAUUUUUCUUUGUGUUCCGAUACAUUGUUAGUUGCUUUUUUUAGAGAAAAAAUGAGUUGUUACAAAAAUAUUAUUUUUUUUUUUUGAAAUGCGAAAAGAACAAAACUAAAAUUCUUAAUUAAA